GCCUGCACCGUCCAGUCCCAUGUGGCUGCCGCCACUCUCAGGGUGUACGAGGUCAGCCCCUUUGGGGACCGCUUGGUGGAUUCAGCCGUUUUUGAGAAUGCAGCCCUCGAGUUUGGCGGCGCCUACGUGUGCCAAGAGCGGCGGCCUGCCGGCAGCGCCGCGACUGGCAGCCCGGCGGGCUCGGGGGUGCUGGCGUGGCGGCGGGGAGAGGGCGCAGGGGCAGUCGUCGUUUAG